CAUACCAGGAAACAGUUUGAUAUUCUUCAUCACUACGGAGAGACGAACGGACUGAAAACCAGACGAUCAGAUUCACCUUCAGACCAAACUAACAACUUCCUCUGAGUUCAGCUACAGGAGAGAAAAGAGGAAACUACAACACGGCUGCUUCAACCUGAGGACCCUCCACCCCCUGAAGAGAGACGGACUGAAAACCAGACGAUCAGAUUCACCUUCAGACCAAACUAACAACUUCCUCUGAGUUCAGCUACAGGAGAGAAAAGAGGAAACUACAACACGGCUGCUUCAACCUGAGGACCCUCCACCCCCUGAAGCCUAGGUAAUUGUGGAAAAGACGAUGGGGCCUCUCUGACCUGUGUUACCUUAAUGAAUAAGAGAGAAAUAUGCUGUAAUAAGGAAUCUGCCAUAACAUCGUCAGCAUACAUCCGGAUGGAGAUCAUUAAUAUAUGCUGAACAACAACGGUCCCAACGCAGAGCCUUGUGGCACUCCCAGUGAGCAUGGUUUGCCUUGAUUCCUUCCAAGAAGAAACAACAUGCAGUCUCAGUAGAAUAAUUGUUCCUGAAUCCAAACUGCAUAGGGAGCAGUAGGUCGUUGUUGCUAAGGUGUGACACCAGCUGUUCUGUAUCUACCUUUGAAACCACUUUAGACACAACAGCUUCACUCAGAGACAACAUGGCUUCCAGAUCAGAGGAAGACCUCUGCUGUCCGGUCUGUUGUGAAGUCUUUAGAGAUCCUGUUCUUCUGUCCUGUAGCCACAGCUUCUGUAAAGCCUGUCUGAAGAACUGGUGGAGAGAGAAACCAACACGAGAGUGUCCAGUCUGUAAGAGAAGAUCUUCAAGAGGAGAACCUCCCUGUAACCUGGUGUUAAAGAACCUGUGUGAGACCUUCCUACAGGAGAGAGGUCAGAGAUCUCCAGAGGCUCUCUGCAGUCUGCACUCUGAGAAACUCAGACUCUUCUGUCUGGACCAUCAGCAGCCAGUGUGUGUCGUCUGCAGAGAUUCAAAAAUACACAAAAACCACAGUUUCAUACCCAUCGAUGAAGCUGCUCAGGAUCUCAGAGAGGAGCUCCAGGAAACUCUGCAGCCCUUUCAGGAGAAACUGAAGCUCUUUGAAGAAGUUAAAGUGAAGUGUGCUCACACAGCAGGAUACGUGAAGGUCCAGGCCCGACGCACAGAGACGCAGGUUAAGGAGCAGUUUAAGAAGCUUCACCAGUUUCUAGAAGAGGAAGAGGAGGCCAGGAUGGCUGCACUGAGGGAGGAAGAGGAGCAGAAGAGGAGGAUGAUGAAGGAGAAGAUGGAGGCUGUGAGCAGAGAGAUAGCAGCUCUUUCACACACAGUCAGAGCCACAGAGGAGGAGCUGAGAGCUGAAGACGUCUCCUUCCUGCUCAACUACAAGGCUGCAGUGGAGAGGCUGCAGCGCCCCCUGCUGGAGGAUCCACAGCUGCCCUCAGGAGCUCUGAUAGACCAGGCCAAACACCUGGGCAACCUCAGCUUCAACAUCUGGAGCAAGAUGAAGGACUUGGUGUCCUACUCUCCUCUCAUCCUGGACCCAAACACUGCUGAUCCAAACCUCAUCCUGUCUGAAGAUCUGACCAGUUUGGGAGAAAAAGAAGAGGAGCGAGAGGAGGAAGAGGAGCGAGAGGAGGAAGAGGAGGAAGAGGAGCGAGAGGAGGAAGACGAGGAAGACGAGGAAGAGGAGGAAGAGGAGGAAGAGGAGGAACAGGAACUUCCUGAUAAUCCAGAGAGGCUUGAUGAUUACUGCUCUGUCCUGGGCUCUGAGGGCUUUAACUCAGGGACUCACAGCUGGGAUGUCCAGGUUGGAGACAAUUUAUACUGGGAACUGGGUGUGCUAGCAGAGUCUGUUGAUAGGAAGGGAUUCAUAGGGUCUGGAUUAUGGAGAAUAGAGUAUUGUGGAGGUGAAUACUCAGCAGAGUCACCAUCAGAUCCAAAAACUCAUCUCCGCCUGAAGAAGGAGCUCCAGAGGGUCAGAGUGAAUCUGGACUGGAACAGAGGAAAGCUGUCGUUCUCUGAUCCUGACACUAACACACACAUACACACCUUCACACACACUUUCACUGAGAAGAUGUUUCCAUACAUUUCCACUGGGGAUGAAGUGAAGAUAUUACCAGGGAAGGUGUGUGUGACAGUGGAUCAGAGCAGUUAGACCAACAGGAGGAUUAUAUCUCUGAUGGAGUUCAUUUCUUAGAGAGAAAUGAACUAAAGCUGCACCUGUUUAGUUUCUUGUUAUUUAGUUGGAAGGUAUUCUUUUUGUAUCUAUGAUCAACCUUUAUUAAACUGAACUACAUGCAGUUAGCUUAGUUUCUUCUCCUUAACACGUGGGACCAACCAAAGCUUGUCAGAAUGAUGUUUCUCCAUAACUCUCAUUAACAUGGUGUUUGAUUUAGAGCCAAUGAGAGGAAGAGCUUUCUUCACAUGAUGAAUGAUUUCAGAUCUUUAUGUCGGGUUAGUUUAAACUUUUCUGUUUCAUUGAUUCUGUGUCAUUUUAAAUUGUUGUUCAUUUCUGAUUUGUGUGUGACGGGAUCCAGAAUAAAUAAAAACAUUUAUCCACCUGAA